GCACACGCAUCACAGGACAGAGUAGGAUCGGAGAUACUUAUAUUUGAAAACAGCAUCAUAAUACUGUUAAGAAGUGACCGUUUGGAAAGAUGCCAAGUCCCACCCUUCUGUUGAUGUCAGUAUAUUCUGUAUCCCGCAGGACCUAACGGGGAACCCAUUUGCCAGUACAAUCGGAUUCUGUGCUCUCAUAAUAAGCCAUCGCUAUUUAUAUUGCGUGCAGGGCGGAGGAGGCGAGCCUCGCGAUGCAGCUCGGUCGCUUUUUCACACUCGGUGCUGUCCUGCUUCUGCCACAGGAGAAUAUUAUUUGGAAAGGAUAGGAGGCUUCAAAACGCGCCGCGACUGCUCUGAGUUAUGGUGGUAUUUUCGGGCAGCAAAGAGACUGCAACCCCAAACGAUACAAUGUCGAGCUCGGACUCUGCAGAAGACGAUUUCAGAAAACCAGCUCUUCCCAUCUCGAAUCUGAAUCUGGGGAAGGCGGUUCAUACUUUAAACGCCCUGCAGCAAGAGUUCCCUGAAGUGAUCCCCCUGAACGUGGGAGGGACGUACUUCACCACGCGGCUGUCCACGCUGCGCCGGUACGAGGACACCAUGCUGGCUGCCAUGUUCAGUGGGCGGCACCGCAUCCCGCGCGACGCAGAGGGGAGGUUCUUCAUUGACCGCGAUGGUGCCUACUUCGGGGACAUCCUGAAUUUCCUGCGCGCCGGGGAGCUGCCUGCGCGGGAGCGGGUCCGAGCGGUGCAUCGGGAGGCGCAGUACUACUCCAUCGGGCCACUGCUGGCGAGCCUGGAGGAGGUCCAGCCUCUCACCGGGGAGAAGGUGCGCCAGGCCUUCCUCGACCUCAUGCCCUAUUACAAAGAGAACUUGGAGCGCAUCCUGGAGAUCGCCAAGCUGCGCGCCAUUCAGAGGAAGGCCCGCUUCGCCAAGCUGAAGAUCUGCGUGUACAAGGAGGAGAUGCCAGUGACGCCCUACGAGCGGCCGCUCUUCAACUCCCUGCGCUUCGAGCGCAGCGAGAGCGAGGCCAAACUGUUCGAGCACCACUGCGAGGUGGACGUGUCCUUCGGUCCCUGGGAGGCCGUGGCAGAUGUGUACGACCUGCUGCACUGCAUCGUCAGCGACCUGGCCACGCGGGGCGUCAACGCCGAUCACCAGUGCAUCGGGGUGUGUGACAAGCACCUCAUCAACCACUACUACUGCAAGAGACCCAUCUACGAGUUCAAGAUCACCUGGUGGUGACCCUCCUCCCAGGCUCCGCCCCUGCUCACGCCUCGGCGGGUUUUCAUUGGUUGCGAUGGCCUCUGCAAGGCAAGAUGAGGUGUAGUGGAAUGUUCCGUGGGUCAGUCAUUUUGAUUGGCGAAGAAGAGAUGCCAUGGUUGUUUUAUAAUGGUGUGUCGUUUGCUGAGGAUACUGUGAUGUGUGGUGGAUUUGUUGUCUGGUGUCAGGAAGCUGCCUCUGCCAAACCGUAUUUCCCGGCAGUAUUUGUCCGCUGCUAAUUUGUGUCUCCUUGCAAAUUAGUGUUAAGUAGUAUCAGCUGGGCUUGGUCUCAGUUCUUCAAUUGCUUCCUAAAACAAAAUCACUGAAAUGGGGCAAGUGCAUACAAAUGAUUAUGGUUUGCUUAAAACAAUAUUUUUUGCAGUGCAAAUUUAGCAUUACAUCCAGUAUAGAUGGCAAUUACAUAUGAGAGGAAUAAGUGAAGCUGCCACAUAGAGGUACAACUAUAAAGAAAGUCAAGUAGACAAACAUUUCUGCAUUAGCCAAAACGAGUUGUCUAUUUCAGUUGGUAGAGGAAGAGAAUGACCACUGCACAACCCAUGUAUCUUUUUGGCUGAUAAGCCAAGCAUUCCCACAAAUCACAUGACCAAAAAGUCUACAGCUGUUCCCAUGCAGAACAGCUUAACGAUGUUGAUGUAUAAGCCACUGUACAAGCAAAGCAAUGCUAUCCCAGCACAAUCAUCUUUUUGCCACAUAGCUGAACAAAUUAAAAGCGUGGACUCACUGGCCAGGAGAAGGAUUCCAGAACCAGCUUUGAAACGCUGUGUCUGCAAGUACGCCGCAAUGGACCUCCCAGACACUAGGGGGCAGCUUCAGUGUUUACAUUAUUUAUUUGUUUGUUUGUUUAUUUAUUUAUUUAUUCAUGAAGUUUAUUAUGAAGUGAUCUGAAAUAUAGAACUGAGUUGUUGGGUUCUAGUUUUGUUACAUGAACAGAUGUUUUGUCUCCUUCAAACAGUCCCAAUAAGAAGUCUCGUGUCCCAUGUGGCCCAAUAAGAAGUCUCAUGUCAUGUCAUGUGAUGUUUUUGUUUGACAGUUUCUAAGGAUUUUGCUGACAGAAAUGCUUGCUAUAUUAAAUCUGCAGCUAUCUACUGAAAA